CUUACCACCAUCGAAGCCGGCGGCCGGUGGCAACCGAGCGGAGCUCUCGCCGCUUUCUCCCACCAAAGCUGCACGCCGGCGCGCGCUGCGAUCUACUCGCACCGCAACCUCCCACAUCGCGUGGGAUCCGUGUUUCAUCGGCAGGCUCAGUUGGUGCCUAGGUGGACUAGUGAACUGAAACUGUAUUGGUAUCUUCCGGCUCUGGUGCAAUGGCCUACGAGAUCAGCGAAAUCAAAAAAAUUGGCAUAGGUUUGGUGGGCUUUGGCAUCCUAUUCUCAUUCCUAGGCGUUAUCCUUUUCUUUGACAGGGGUUUGUUGGCUCUUGGUAAUAUUUUCUUCUUGACUGGAGUAGGCCUGUUACUAGGUUGGCACUCUAUGUGGCAGCUAUUUACAAAGAAGGCAAAUAUUAAGGGAUCUAUACCUUUCUUCCUUGGUCUGUUUCUCCUGUUUGUCCGAUGGCCUGUUGCUGGUAUGAUUAUGGAGCUGUAUGGAUCUUUUGUCCUCUUCAGUGGUUAUGGGGCUCCUAUCCAAGCCUUCAUAUAUCAGAUUCCAAUCAUUGGAUGGAUUCUGCAAUAUCCCUUUCAGCUGUUUGGUUUGAGGCGUAAGCGUGCUUGAUGGCUUUUGGUGUGAAUUAAUUCAUGGGAGAAAUAGCAUACUGCGUGGUGUCAGAUUGCCAAUAUGAAAAAUUGCUGUAGCAUCUACCUUCUGCUACGAUGCUCUUAAAUACUCAUGUAUAUCUGCAAACUAUGGGCUUCCUAACCUUCUAGUUGUGCUGGCGUCUUUCCUCUUCAAUCAGCAUGCACUAGGCAGUACUUUGAUCUUCAAUGUUCAUAUUUCGACAUGGCAGAGGUUUCAAAUUAUGUGAUUGGAUUCUUGGUUUUACUAAGAGACGCUGACCCUCGUUA